AUGCCAUGGCAGUGUGGUAUUGUGGAAGGGAGAACAGACACCAAGGAAUACCGAGGACCUGUCAUUGAGCAGGCUAAAGAGGAUAGUAGCUCCAUAUAUGAGACUUCCGAGUCAUCCAGCUGCCGAGGGACUCAUACUGCGUUUACUGCCAACGAGUUUGUAGUCAACAUCAGCUAUAUGCAAAUGUUUAUCAGUGGGCUGGUGUGGAAUCCUAAAGUGCUGGUUCUGAAUAUCUUUGAUCUCUUGAACCUUCCUCACACUCCACUUGCAAAAGCUCAGCAGUUCGGCGUUUCAUCAUUUCAGGUGUGCGUCAACCGACAAGUGCAGAAAAUAGGUGCACGACGGCAUGCACGAGCAUCGUGUGCUGAUAGUGGCCGGUGCAGUGUGAUCGGCAGCACUGAAAUGUACCGCGCUCAAAUUUAUCUGGGUGACUUUUUUGACACCUUUUCACCUCCACAAAAUUGCACUUUUCAUUUCCUAAUUAUGCUUCCGUUCAAUGCGUCCACAGCGAACCUGACGACGAGUCCGAUGUACUUGUCAACUUCAUCGGCUCUAUCUCCUGUACAGCAGCAGUACCAGCAGCAGCACCAGCACCAGCACCAGCACCAGCACCAGCACCAGCACCAGCACCAGCAGCAGCAGGAGCAGGAGCAGGAGCAGCAGCAGGAGCAGCAGCAGGAGCAGGAGCAGCAAUUCCCGUACGAGACAUACCAGCAGCAGCAGCAGCGUGGGCAGCAGCUUAGGCAGCAACCCUAUUCAGAGCCAGCACAGUUAGCCACACCCCCAGCUGUCAUGGCAACGCCUGCAACGGGACCCCCAGCCACUCCAUCUGUAUUGACGGUUUAUCGACCAGUAUUCAAAGAAGUGACAGAAUCCACGCAAUAUGGCGAGCCCAGCGCAAAGCGAGCGAAGCUGGGUGCUGGUUCGAGUCAGUGCGUUCGGACGCAGCAGGUUGUAAUUGAGCCAAUAAGUGUGCCCAUUCUACCAACAAUGCCUAUAGAAGACAUGGACGGACUGGUGCGGAUGAGUGAGUAUAACCGCGAGCUAGUAUCGGUCUUAAUGUUGUCGCAAGACAAGCUUGCCAGCAUGGAACGGGAGCAGCUGCAGAAGCGGAUUCUAGCCCUGCAGAUGCCCAUCAUGGCAUCGAGCGUUUCUGCGAAUCCGGCACCACUGGGCUUCCCGGCGGCACCAGCCCUAACGCCUGUGUCGAAGCCUGUGCUGGUGAUGGCGUCAACGCCGGCAGUCAAAAUGUCACCGAUAAGUACACCUACACCCAAGCCUGCGGAGUCACCUCAGCAUAAAAUAGCGUCAAAGCCUGAAACCAAGCCCGUCGGAAUAACCAUAAAGUCAGCCAGCAGCGCAGCUUUGACACAUGGUUCCCAUACAUCCCCAGUCCAUUCUGCACAGAAAAACGGCCACGAAUGCAGACACACGAUGCCUUGGCAGUCGAAGACAGAGCAAAAGCACUACGUCUGGCGCGUGUAUGUCAAGGGCCUGGUGGAAUACAAGCCCGAGCAGUCACGCGAAUUUCUCAGCCACUAUGACAUCGACGACCUCGAUGUCUACCACUUCUACUUUUGCACCUCAGAUGUGUGCGAGCUUAUCACCACCAACCACGAUGCGCCGCGGCUCGUGCGGCGACUGCGCAAACGCGGCAAAAUCAUACUCGAUGGAUUUGACCCACUGAUGUUCCGCGACUCCGAUGGCGAGUGGCGGAAGGUGAACCAGUGGAUGAGGAGCCGCUAUGCGAAGCGCCUCCUGAGCAGCUACUCUAAAAGCAGCCACCGCGACUUCCGACGCUAUAUCCACGCCUAUGCGCGGGACAUUGGCUUGGAGCUCCCGUUUGAUGAUAUACAGCCGUGA